AUGCAAGUACAGCUCAUACGACACCCUGUUACUGGAGGUAUCAUCGGCGAGCGACCAGUAGCGUCUGAUGUGGCGGUUAUAAGGUCGUAUUUAUUGCUGGUAAUACGACACACCACCACUCGCGGUGGCCGGGUAGCCGUCGGCCGAGAGGACGUGCGUGGGCUGCUAUCGUUACUGAUAGUCAGCCAUGGAGUGGAGGGACAAGUACUGGAUGUGUUGCAGCUGUUUCUGAUACUGUGCACCCGGGUGGCUUCCCCGGAUACCAUCUUCGCAUCCUUCUACGACCUCAACGGCCUGAGUGUGGUGUUAAAUGUGCUAGCGAUCACCGAGAGUG